UCUCAAUUAUAUGUCUUCUUCUUAAACAAAACCUUCUCAACGUAAAUUCCCAAUUUGGAGAACACAGUAGCGGUGGUUCCUUCUCACUCCGCUCCUUUCGGCGAAAUCGUCUCCCCCUUGCGUCGCCAGUGUGCUGCCGGCUUCGCCUCCUAUCUCAAUUUCACCAUUUGUUCCUUCCCCAAAUGGAGAAGAACAGCAGCUUCUUCCCCUUCCUCGGCGAAAGCGCCGUCUAACCAGAUCACUGGAGCUCCGCCAGCGCCAGCCGUCUCUCGGCUUUCUCUCCAAUUUCAAAUCGGUAAAUCUCUGAAAAAAAGAAAGGUAAUAUAGGAUGCAGAAUACAAAAAAAAAGGUAAUCAUUUGGCAAAUUUGAGCAAUUUUACCGACGAUUAUUCAUUUAGAUAUAUUUUCAUUUAUAUAAUUAUAGCCCAUUAGGGCUUGUUCAAGUUUAAUGUUAUACCCAGAUAUGGGUCCAAUUCUGCCCCAAUUCUAGUGUUCAAGUUCCAUGUCUCUAAUGUGGAGGUCCUUAGGUAGAAUUCUAGGCCCGCACUGUUCCUCUAUGAUAUGUGCAUAAAUCAAUUCUUAGCUAUUUGGUGGUAAAUGGAGCUGCAUUGAAGUACACACCAAGAAAUGAAAAUGAAUUGACAAUUUUAUCCCUCCCAAAUUUGUUUCUCCCCAAAAUCAGACGUCUCAGUGUGGAUAUUUUGGUCACAAUGAUUUUUAGACCCCUAUAAACAUAUUAUAUAAAAUACAAAAUUGAUUACUUCAAUAGCUAUAUUUGCAACGUUGAACACCUUGAUAUGGAUGGCAUAUAUGUGGACCCUACACGCCCAAAAUCCCAUUUAAUAUCCACCGUUAAAACAAACCUAAAUUAAAGUGCCGUUUCAAUUCAUCUUCUUCCCCCAUCCUCUGCGUUAUUUUGACAUAUUCUGUACAAAUUAAGGUAACUCUUCUUGCCUCUAUUCGAAUUAGGGACGGUUUUGGGAUGGGUCAUGGAGUAUGGUUGCAGCUUAAUUCUACUCCAAAAAUGAGAUUUGCAGUACGGUUCUACCUCCAAAAUCCAACCAUGCGACUCUCAACCGUAACUAGAUCUCGCCGCUGUCUGUGCUACUACUCUUCCUCACAUUCGCUGCUUAUUAGCUCAGACCGCCACGAUCGGAGUGAUUACACCCCUCGGCGAUCGUCGGAGCUUUACUGGCACUCAUCUCUCACUUGCAGCUCCUUUCCUCGACGAUUCUCAACUCAGUCCGCUGCUUUUCAGCCGGCCGAACAGUUUCUUCCGGUUCAAACUCUUAUCUCCUUGCUCGAUUCUUAUCACCAUGCUACUGGCUUGCCGUGGUGGAUCAUAAUCUGUUCAUCAACUGUGGCUAUGAGACUUGCAAUAUUUCCUUUAAUUGUGUUGCAAAUUAAAAAAAUGAGAAUAAUAGGAGAGCUGCUGCCUCAUUUACCUCCCCCUAUUCCACCGCCUCUGUCAGGACGAAGUUUCAGAGACCAGUUUGCCCUUUUCUGGAAGGAAAAGGAGGCAGCUGAUUGUCCUUCAGUGUUUUGGUUCUUCUCCUCAGUUGCUGUUCAGGUCCCUUGCUUUUUCUUGUGGCUCAUGAGUGUUCGCAAAAUGUCACUGGAUCAUCACCUUGGUUUUGAUACUGUCCCUUGCUUUUUAUUGUGGAUUUCAAGUAUCCGUAGAAUGUGCUUGGAUCAUCACCCUGGCUUUUAUAGUGGUGGAACUUUAUGGUUCCAGAACUUGAUUGAAUAUCCACACGGUGCGUUGGGACUUCUGUUCCCAUUCUGCAUUGCAGGCUUGCAUGUCGUUAAUGUUCAGUUGUCCUUUGCAAAGUCACCACUUCAGCAGUUACCAGGCUCCUUAGGGUCCUUAGCAAAGGGAUACAAGAAUUAUUUGUUGAUUUUGACUCUGCCUUUGUUGACUGCUACAUUUAGUAUUCCCCAGGGCAGCUUAGUUCAUUGGCUUUCAAACAGUACAUUGACUUUGAUACAGCAAUUGUGCCUUCGCAAUCCCACUUUACUCAUGUAUUUGGGGGUUCCUAAAGUAAAUACUCCAGUAGAAGUACCGACUAUUAAAAAAGAUGGCAGCUCCCAAACAGCAGAUAUUGCUAUAAUGACAAAGGAAGGAGAAGUACAUGCCCACACGUUAUCACCAGUCGAACUGGUCAAUUACUCUAUCAAAGUUUUAUCUACAGGCCGUGAGGAUAUUGCAAUUAUAUGCCUAAGACUUGCCCUUGAAAAGGACCCUGGGUUCGUAAAAGCCAUGCUUAUUUUGGGGCAAACGCUGUUAAAGAACAAACAAUUUGUUGAGGCUGCUGAGUUAUUUGAAACUGCAAUCUCAAAGCUCCUCGUUGAUGGUGAUCCUACAGAAGUCGAAGAUAUUGAUCUUUUGAUUCUUGUAUCUCAAUGGGCGGGUAUUGCUAACGUGCAGCAGGGCAAGAUGGAGCAGGGUCUUGUGCACCUAGAAAGAAUAGCUCGAAUUAAAGAACCAGAGGAUUCAAAGAGCAAGGCCCACUACUACGACGGUUUUCUCGUUCUUUCAAGGUACAUAACAGAUGCCACAACUCACAUUUUCUCCAAGCAUGCCAUUCGAGUAUAUGCUACUAGUGUGCAUUAGCGAAUGUUGGCCGCGAAGACGAGGCACUGAAGUACUUGCAGAUGGCUGCUGCUUACGACCCUUCUUACAGUGUGUACAUUGAGCAUUUGAAAAACGAUUCAGAGAAGCCUAGCAGUGAUCCAUCUAACAUCAUAAAAUAGUAGUACUCCGUAUACAUAUAGUACUUCUUUACCA